AGAUCCAUUUAUUCAUCCUUGAAGUCAAUUGACAAGGAAAAGGAAGAUGAUCUCCCUGCAGAAUACUUAGCUAGCUCCCUGUCAAAGCAGCCCCAAUUGCCUGCAACCAAGACUGAAGAAGAGCUAAGGGAGGAAGAGGAACUGCAGCUUGCACUAGCACUUUCCCAGUCUGAAGCUGAAUCCAAGGAUCAUAAGCAAAAGCAGAUGAAGGGUGUGUAUAAUUCCAGACCUGCUGCCUACUCGCCUUCCUUUCAAGAAAAUAAUGCACCCGAGAAAGUUGAUGGCCCAGAGAGUGACCCAGAGCUGGCUCGCUAUCUCAAUCGCUCCUACUGGGAGAAGAAGAACUUGGAGCAUGAGAAAGACAAGGGCAGU